UUCGGAAUAUCAAAUCAAGUCUUGAUUCUUGUCUUGUUGAAGACGCGGACGCCCGGCGACGGGAUCCUCUCUCCUUGUCUCCGGCGGCCAAGCCAAAUAGGCAAGGAUGGCUCCUCCCCCUCUCCCCCUCUCCCUUCGCAGGCCAUCCGACGCCCGCCGCCGCGGCCCCUUCAUCACCCUCACCCUUGUCCUCCUCCUCGUAGCCGCCGUCGCCUACUUCUCCUUCCCCAAGGCCGCGCGAGAACCACUCACCACCGCGGAGCCCGGCCGCUGCACGGGCAUCCAGGGCGUCGAGCUCUGGGGCCCGGCGGUCAACUGGGGCUCCCACCACCGCCUGCCAUCUGCCGCCGCCUGCUGUGCCUCCUGCAGGGCCACGUCUGCGUGCGACUCCUGGGUCUUCUGCGGGGACAAGCGCAGAUGCGGCAAUAGGUUCGGAGAGUGCUGGUUGAAGAAACAAAAGGAUCUCAUGGCUCCUUCUGUCAUUGCAAGGGGGGAGGAUGUCAUGUGGACUUCCGGUCUAAUCUUCAGAAAAUUGCAGGGAAUCGUGGGGCUGGAAACAAAUCUCGGCACACUUCACAUUCAAUUGCUGCCUGAUUUUGCACCCCGUUCUGUGGAUUACUUCAUCGAGCUAUUGGGUCUGCACAACUGUGCCGGGUGCAGAUUCUACCGUGCUGAAGGUCGUGGGCACCUGUGGGAUGCAAAAGGCGAGCAUGUAAAAAACGCUGCAUUUGGUCCACCAUAUGCGUUGCUCCAAGGAACAAUGGAAGUUGAUGGUGUAGCCUUCAAGGAGAUAGCGAAAGAAGGGUGCUUAGCGGUGAGAAGAGGAUCCAUUGCAUGGGUAGGGUCAGGGCCAGAGUUCAUGAUCAGCCUGGCGAACCACGAGGAGUGGAGAGACGCGUAUAGCGUGUUCGGGUCUGUGGUGCCAGAGGACAUGGGCAUCGCGGAGGAGAUGGCAAUGCUCCCGACGAGCACAGACAUCUGGAGCAAUGUAACUGUGAGGGUACUGAGAGACCCUGUGUAUUUCAAGGUGAAGAGAAGAAGCAACGCUAGUGCUCUGUAGGCAAUUUGCAGCCAUUGUCAGUAUUGUUGUUCUUUCUUUGGCGCUUGCAAAGAAGAGGAAUGUAAACUAGAUGAGAAUCAAACACAUGAUAUAGAAAUGGUGCCAGAAGAUGAAAAGCAGAGAUUGUGUGUAAAGAAUGAAGGAGCUGUCAGGUAUGUUUUAUUGAGAAA